AUGGCCCAUCCUCACGCAAAUCGUCAGUACAACCGUUCCGGCGCCUCAUCUCGAUUUGACGACUCAGUUCGAAACAUCCUCGAUACUGUCCCUGGGUAUCACGAAGCCUCUCGCGACAUCCUCAUCGCCAGAACUGCUUCUCAGAUGGCUGCAAAAAGCUGCUACUCUGUCAUCGAGCGCGUGCCGGAUUCUCACAAUCAUAACCAGGACGAUUUCGACAGGCAGUUCGUAAACGAUAUAACUCGAACACUCAACCUACCCGACGCGAUCUCGGUCUUCCGUCACGACUGUCAAAAUCACUGCCGUCCCUUGAAAGUCUCCUUUCCUACCUCCAAAGACAGAGAUCGUUUCAUUGAGGGCUUCUACAGUGCAUUUUUUGCCUCCUCACACCCAUCUUCUCCGCUCUUUUCGGGUCAACCUAAUCCCAGAAUUAGAAGAGACAUGACACAAAUGGAGCUGAAUCUUUUAUACUCUCUCCGUCGUACAGCCUACGAAAAUAACGCGGCAAUCGGUCUUCAUAAAUACGUCGUCAGGGAUCUCACUAUCAUCGAGUUGAAGAAUCCCAAGCCUUUCCAAGGUCACCCUAAACAAACACAAACACCUGUGACCUCGCCCUUGGCAAAGAGGCCUCGACACACCAAUAUCAACCUCUGUCCAGCGCCGACACAUAUGCAGAUCGAUAGCAAUAUCUCUGCCGAUACACUCAACUCGAAUGUCUCAGCUCCGGCCGCACCUCGCGGUCGCGUUCGUGGUCGCGGUCGUGGUCGUGGUCGUGGUCGUGGUCGCCCACGUGGUCCUCGUCUCUUCUCGUCUGUUCUUCGUCCAAACAGAAUCGGUCAACAGCCGAACAUCCAAUCUGUUCCACAGCCGUCAAGCACCAGCCGCCCACGCCGAACUACUCAAUCUGGUCAACAGCCAGCCGCAGUACAGUCUGGUCGACAGCCAGCGCGAGCCCCGUCUGGUCAACAGCCAGCUUCAGUACAGUCUGGUCGACAGCCAGCGACAGCUCAGUCUGGUCAACAGCCAGUGUCAGCUGCGGGUCAACAGCCCAAUGGCAUUCGUGGCCAACAGCCAUCUCAAGCUGGUCAACAGCCAGCCGCUGGUCGACAGCCAGUUCCCGUCCUUCCUGCCGUUGCUGUCGUCGUUGAUAACUCCGUUUCCGCCUAG